GCCGUCGCCCCCCUCCGCAGUGCCGGGCGCCGCCGGGCCGGGAGGGAGGGUGCGCCCCGACUGGGCCGUGUGGGACCGCGCCGCCGCCAUGAGCCGCAUCGGCCUCCCCCUGCUGCUCGCCGCCCUCCUGGCGCUGGCGGCGGCUGGGCCCGCGCAGUUCUUCCGGGAGGAGUUCCUGGACGGAGAUGCCUGGACCCAGCGGUGGGUGGAAUCCAAGCACAAGCCGGACUACGGGCGCUUCGUGCUGACCGCCGGGAAGUUCUACGGCGACGCUGAGAAAGACAAAGGGAUCCAGACGAGCCAGGACGCGCGCUUCUACGCCCUCUCAUCGCGCUUCGAGCCCUUCAGCAACCGGGACAAGACGCUGGUGGUGCAGUUCACGGUGAAGCACGAGCAGAACAUCGACUGUGGCGGUGGCUACGUCAAGCUCUUCCCGGCCGGCCUGAGCCAGGAGGACAUGCACGGCGACUCAGAGUACAACAUCAUGUUCGGCCCUGACAUCUGCGGCCCCGGCACCAAGAAGGUGCACGUGAUCUUCAACUACAAGGGCAAGAACGUUCUCAUCAACAAGGAUAUCCGCUGCAAGGACGACGAGUUCACCCACCUGUACACCCUGAUCGUGCGCCCCGACAACACGUACGAGGUGAAGAUCGACAACAGCAAGGUGGAGUCGGGGAGCCUGGAGGACGACUGGGACUUCCUGCCCCCCAAGAAGAUCAAGGACCCCGAGGCCAAGAAGCCGGACGACUGGGACGAGCGGGCCAAGAUCGACGACCCCGACGACUCCAAGCCUGAGGACUGGGACAAACCUGAGCACAUCCCGGAUCCCGACGCCAAGAAGCCGGAGGACUGGGACGAGGAGAUGGACGGGGAGUGGGAGCCCCCCGUCAUCCAGAACCCCGAGUACAAGGGCGAGUGGAGGCCGCGGCAGAUCGACAACCCCAACUACAAGGGGAAGUGGGUGCACCCCGAGAUCGACAACCCCGAGUACACGCCCGACCCCAGCAUCUACGCCUACGACAGCUUCGGUGUCAUCGGCCUUGACCUGUGGCAGGUGAAGUCAGGCACCAUCUUCGACAACUUCCUCAUCACCGACGACGAGAAGUUCGCAGAGGAGUUCGGCAACGACACCUGGGGGGCCACCAAGGAGGCCGAGAGGAAGAUGAAGGAGCAGCAGGACGAGGAGCAGCGGAAGAAGCAGGAGGAGGAGGACAAGCAGCGCAAGGAGGAGGAGGGAGAGGAAGAGGGGGACGGGGACGACGACGAAGAGGAGGACGAUGAAGACGAGGAGGCGGAGAAGGAGGAGGACGCGGGGGCGGCCCCCAAGGAUGAGCUGUGAGGGGGGGGAGCCCCGGUCCCACCGCACCGGGCCCCGCCGGGGCAGCGCCCCGACCCCGCGGGGAGCGAGCGUAAUGUCUCUGUGAGACCUGGA